GGAUUUCCUCUCCCCCUGCCGGGGCUGUGUGACCGCCUCGGGCUGUUAUGUGACGGAGGAGCAGAGCCGUGGACGCCGCUGGGAGGAAGCAGCACGCAUUGCAUACACGUGAGGCGGAAAGUUUGCCAUGUUCAGGGCCAGUUUUUCCGUCCAGCCACCGCGGCGGCUCUGAAGGGAGAAGUUGUCCCCGCAACGAAGUCAGGGAAGUUUCACGCGAAAAGAGGAGACGUCAUGGUCACCUUCAUCUGCUUUUCGUGAUUUUAAGCACCCUUCACAUCUUGUACCGCUGUAGUGACCCCGCACCUCAGGCUGAACUAUACGUCCCGCCAUGUUCCCUGAUGCCCUGGAUGCGGCCGGGCGGGUGGAGGGGCUUUCACUGUCCUCUCUGGAACCGCCGGCCGACCUGGAGGAGGAUGAGGCUGAAGGGUCUCCAGAGAGGGGACCGAAAAGACGAGGCCGCUACCGUAAGAGCCUGCAGCUUUUAAAGCCCUUCAGGAUAACACACAAGCAUCAGCACCCUGUUGAUAACGCGGGCCUCUUCUCUUUUAUGACUCUGCACUGGCUCUCCCCGCUGGCACUGAAGGCCUACAAGCAGUCCAGCUUGUCUUUGGAUGACGUGUGGGGACUGUCCUGCCACGAAGCAUCGGCACUCAACUGUCAAAGGCUUGAAUCUUUGUGGCAAAACGAGCUGAAAAGGCGUGGAAGAGAGGGGGCGUCCCUGACAAGAGUCUUCUGGAGGUUCUGCCAAACCCGGAUGCUGGUGGCCAUCUUCUCUCUCCUCCUCACGAUGGUGGCAGGCUUUGUUGGACCUGCUCUGCUGGUCCGAGCUCUCCUGGAGUAUUCCCAGAGCUCGCAGGUGUCCGUGCACUACGGCCUGUCCCUGGUGGCCGGGAUCUUCCUCACAGAGCUGAUGCGCUCCUGGUCCCUGGCGCUCAUGUGGGCCGUAAACUACCGCACCGCCGCACGCCUGCGCGGGGCCGCCCUCACCUUUGCCUUCCAGAAAAUCCUCCGCCUGCGCAACACUAAAGACAUCACCCCCGGCGAGCUGAUCAACAUCUGCUCCAGCGACGGCCAGCGGCUGUAUGAAGCGGUGUCAGUGGGCUGCCUGCUGGCGGGAGGCCCCUUGGUGGGGAUACUCGGUCUUUCUUACACUGCGUACUUCCUGGGCCCCACAGCGCUGCUGGGGUCAGCCGUUUUCAUCUUCUUCUACCCGGCUAUGAUGCUGGCAUCGAGGCUGACGGCGUAUUUCCGCAGGAAGUGCGUGACGGUCACUGACCACCGCGUGAGGCUCAUGAACGAGAUCCUGGGCUGCAUAAAGUUCAUCAAGAUGUACUGCUGGGAGGACGCCUUCUCUCACAACGUUCGCAAAGUGCGAUCAGAAGAGAGGGGGAUCCUGGAGAGAGCCGGGAUCGUCCAAAGUCUCACAGUGGGUGUGGCUCCCAUUGUCGUCGUGAUAGCAAGCGUGUGUACGUUCACCCUGCAUAUGGCCCUGGGCUAUGACCUGACUGCAGCUGAGGCUUUCACUGUAGUUGCUGUUUUCAACUCCAUGACUUUUGCCCUGAAAGUCACACCUCUAGCUGUGAGAUCGCUGUCGGAGGGGGCUGUGGCAGUCAAAAGAUUUCAGAGGCUCUUCACGAUGGACGACAGAGAGACGAUCUUAGCCAAAACGGAGGAUCCCAGCCACGCCGUGGAGUUCCUGGACGCCACGCUGGCCUGGGAGAAGGCGCGGCCCCCCGCCGCAAAGUCAAACCCGCCUCCCAAGAAGCGCGGCGGGAUACAGCGAGUGCUGCGCCGGGAGAAGCUCAGCCUGUACAUUUCCACAGACAUCAACAAGGGAAGUCAAGACGGCCCCAACGGGCAAAGUCUUCUCACAAGCAUGGAGCAGGAGAGCCCGCAGAGCACCAUCUCCUCCACCCAGAGCAUACGGCCGCCGCUGCACAAGACCCUGCACCGCAUUAAUCUGCGAAUCAAAAGGGGAGCCCUGGUUGGCAUCUGUGGAAGUGUCGGAAGCGGGAAGAGCUCCCUUCUGUCUGCUUUGCUCGGGCAGAUGACUCUGGUUGAAGGCAGAGUCGCUGCGUGCGGUGGCUUCGCUUACGUCUCCCAGCACGCCUGGAUCCUCAACGACUCCCUAAAGGAGAACAUCUUGUUUGGGAACGAGUUUGACUCGGAGAGAUACAGCGCUGUGCUGGAAGCAUGCUGUCUUCUCCCAGAUCUGGCAGAGCUUCCGUACGGAGACAUGACCGAGAUCGGAGAAAGAGGUGCCAACCUGAGUGGCGGCCAGCGGCAGAGGGUGAGCCUGGCGCGUGCUCUCUACAGUCAGAGGCCCAUACUCCUCCUGGACGACCCGCUCAGCGCCGUCGAUGCCUGUGUGGGGUCUCACAUCUUCAACAGAGCCAUCCGGGGGGCGGCCAAAGGAAAGACGGUGCUGUUUGUAACCCACCAGCUGCAGUAUCUGCCCGAGUGCGAUGAUGUCAUCCUGAUGAAGGACGGGCAGAUCGUUGAGCACGGCAACCACGCGCAGCUAAUGAGUAAAGAGCGUGACUACGCCACCUUAUUCAGCAGCAUGCAACAGGAGAACGUGGUGAAAGAGAAUCUAAAGAAUAAACGGGGAGGGGAAGGCGUGAGAACAGCCGAGGGCGCCGCCGAUGCUGCCAAGGUCGAGGCAAAGGUGGAAAGCGGGAACAGAGAGCAACUGAUGAAAGCAGAAGAAAAAGGCUCGGGUGCAGUCGCCUGGUCUGUGUAUGGAGCUUACAUUAAGGCAGCAGGAGGUCCGUUGGUCUUUAUCAUCAACGUCGUCUUCUUCCUCUCCACAACUGGCAGCAUAGCCUUUAGUAACUGGUGGCUGAGCCACUGGAUCAGGCAGGGCGCUGGGAACACAUCAUUAAUCUCGGCGAAUGAAACGACGGAGAGCAACAGCAUGAGGCUCAACCCCCAUAUUCAGUAUUACUCCACUGUUUAUGUGGUUUCCAUGGGAGCUGCGUUAUUUCUGAAGACUGUGAGGGGGUUGGUGUUUGUCAAGUGCACGUUGAAGGCCGCCUCUGCUCUCCAUGACAAGCUGUUCCGCAGGCUCCUUCUCAGCCCCAUGCGGUUCUUCGACACGACGCCUCUGGGCCGCAUCCUGACCCGCUUCUCCAGGGACAUGGACGAGGUGGACGUGCGUCUGACCAUGCAAGCCGAAAUGCUGCUGCAGAACCUGACGCUGGUGCUGUUUUGCCUGGGGAUGGUGGGCACGAUCUUCCCCUGGUUCUUGAUCUCGGUCCUGCCCCUGGGUGUCUUCCUGUGUGUCUUCAAUCGUGUCUCCAGAGUUUUCAUUCGCGAGCUGAAGCGCCUGGAGAACGUCAGCCAGUCGCCAUUCACCUCUCAUAUAACCAGCAGUCUGCAGGGACUUUCCACCAUCCACGCGUAUGGAAGAGGGCACGGCUUCCUCCAAAGAUAUCAGGAACUGCUGGACACCAACCAGGCCACCAACUACCUCUUUAGUUGCGCUAUGCGCUGGCUGGCUGUUCGCCUGGACCUCAUCAGCAUCUCCCUCAUCACCGCUGUGGCACUUCUCAUUGUCUUCAUGCAGAAUCAGAUACCUCCAGCCUACGCAGGCCUGGCCAUCUCAUAUGCAGUGCAGCUGACCGGCCUGUUUCAGUUCACCGUGCGGCUGCUCACCGAAACCGAAGCUCGCUUCACAUCAGUCGAAAGGAUAAAUCAUUACAUAACGAGUCUUGACAGUGAAGCACCCAGACAAAGUCCUGAGGCGGCCACUCCUGCCCCCUCCUGGCCUCAGCAGGGAGAGAUCAGCUUCCAGGAUGUGAGCAUGCGUUAUCGAGAUCAUCUGCCGCUGGUGCUCAAGAACCUGUCGUUUACCGUUCUCCCCGAGGAGACCGUCGGCAUCGUAGGCCGCACAGGAUCAGGAAAGUCCUCUCUGGCUGUAGCUUUGUUCAGGCUCGUGGAGCUCAGUGCGGGCUCUAUAAUCGUUGAUGGGAUCGAUAUUGCACAGAUUGGCCUGGAUGACCUGCGGAGCAAGCUGGCCAUCAUUCCCCAGGAGCCGGUGCUCUUUAUUGGUACCGUCAGGAGUAAUUUGGACCCCUGGGAUCAAUAUUCUGAUUUACAGAUCUGGGAAGCUCUUGAGAAAACCCACAUUAAAGAAAUGGUCUGCCGGCUGCCUCAUUCCCUCCACUCAGAGGUGACGGAGAACGGAGAGAACUUCUCGGUGGGAGAACGGCAGCUCCUCUGCGUGGCCAGAGCCCUCCUGAGGAACAGCAAGGUUCUGAUUCUGGACGAGGCAACGGCGGCCAUCGACACGGAGACGGAUCGCCUCAUCCAGGAGACGAUUCGCAGCGCGUUCGGCAGCUGCACCACUCUGAUCAUCGCGCAUCGUCUCAACACGGUGAUGAGCUGCAGCAGAGUCAUGGUCCUGGACAACGGCCAGAUUCUGGAGUUCGACUCGCCGGCGGCCUUGCUCGCAAAUGAAGACUCAAGAUUUCGAGCCAUGAUAGAGGCGUCAGAAAGCAGCCAAAGGAGAUGAAAUAAAAAAAAAAUAAUAAGUUAGUCUUGAGGACCAGAGUCGUGAUCCUGAAAGAAAAAUAUGCAAAUGCAUCACUUACAUUAACAACGUACACAAGUACAGUCAUAAUGUGAAAGAAAAUAAUAGUUUAAUAUCAGUUCUUUGAGCAACACUGUGUGUCAUUUGCCACAUCAAAGACUAGGGGACUAUAUUUAAACAUUAAGCACAUCAAGAAUCAGUAUGCUGUCUGCUGCUCAUUCGCAGGUUAUUACCUAAAGGCCAAAUAAUUAACUCAGACAAAAGCACUUUAUGUUUGAUGUGGUGCUUCCUCUUUCUUUGGAGGUCAGUUAAUCGGUUUUUAGUUUUGUGUUUUGUUACUUAAACCUCAGAGUGCAGCCGUAUGCUGGUGAAUCAGAGAAUAGCAUUAAUACUGUUUAAUUCAUAUAUAUUUUUGCAGGAAUUUAUUAGUUUGUGUUAAUUAUCGAAGACCAUGUUUCAACGUUCACCUGUUAUUUAUUCCCGUCAGACUCGGUUUGCUUGAAAAAGCUGUUUUUGUUGUCGUUUUGUUGCCACCUGGCGGAGUAACUUUAGUUUUCUAGCCGUGAGUUUGCUAACACUUUCAGGAUUUAUGAAGGAGUCAGCCAUGUUGGCACGUUUUCAUGACUGCUGAGUACAGUACUGUGAUUUGAACUGAGCUUAAGUUUCCAAAUGCUGGAGUUUAAAACCUGCACCUUUUUUUUUAUUACUAUUAUUCUGUUGCUUUAUUUGUUGUGGUGUGGAAGCACAGUACAUUAUGCCUUACAGUAAAUUACGUGCUGAACAAUCAAGAACGGUGCAAUAAUACCUUGAUACUUUUUUUCAGAUUGCCUUUAUACACUUGAGAUUGUAAUGCUGCAAUAUUUUUGUUGACUGUCAGAUUUUUUAUGUUUUUUUUUAAUAUAAAAUGUCUGUAAAUAAGAAUGUCCACUGGUUAUUCUACCAUAUCUUGCAGAAAUGUAUGAUAUCUUUCAGGUUUUUUUGCAUUAAAACCUCAAAGUUCA